AAAGAAUCCAGCGCACAUCCAAUUUCCUCCUCUUCCUUGCAAGUAGCAUGCUUGUUUCCCUCAUGCCACUUGUGCAGGCGGCCCUGUGGACACGGUCAAUAAGGAGCUGCUGGUGUCCUCUUGCAUCCCCUCUGGCCUAAUGACAACCUCUGGCAGCGAGCCAGGACUUUGCACAGAGGACACGGAGCGCAUUGGAGGAGUUGGCGAAGCUUCUUCUCUGGUCUGCUUUGGAAACUGUCAGGCAAUUGUGGAUCUGGCUUUAAGAAGAAAUAAGGACCCCUCUCACUCCUCCUAUGCUCCCUCUCCCUCCCUCCCCUUUUCUUUCUUUCCCUCCUGACAAUCCCUCCCUUUCUCAGUGGUGCAAAGGAUUUCUUUUUUUUCCAGAAAGCAGUGUCUCUGAGGAAGAGGGAGCGAAAGCGAGAAAGGGACAGGCUGCUUCCAGGAUUCUGCUCGAGCCAAGAUGGGAAUGUAGUCUGUGGCAUUUCACAGCGCAGCUUCUCAAACGAAACUAGAAGCAUAGAAUAUUUGCUACGAAAGAAGAAGAAAGAAUUGUACAUCUCCCCACCUCCUGGGAUCGCACAGUAAAUUGUGAGGUUGUCUUUUCACUUAGUCAGUGCUGCACAUUGUUUUGAUAUUUCUCCUUAGCCUCAUCCCCCUCUCUCCCUCCCUUCUUUUAACUUCCAACUCCCAUCUUUAUUUCCACCCAUCCCACACCCUUCUCUGGGCUAGAGGGUUUUGCUUUGACUGUGGGGUUUGCGCCGGAGAAAACUAGUCAGGAGGGGCUGAAGUAUCUCUUCUCCGCUGGAUGUGGUAGACGACGAUUUGUGCUGGUUACUUGAGCUUUUAACUGGGAAUUUUUGAAUUCCCUUCUUUGGAUUGUCUGUCUGGACAAAAGAAGAUUUUUCUCCUUUGGGGAAGUCAGUCAGAGAAUAAGAGAGACGAGACCGUUUCCAUGAUGAGCUGGGGUGGUUUGCAGAUGGAACGGGGUUAUAUUUUUGGAUUCUGUUGCCUAGUUCUCUUGGAUCCAGGACAGGUUUGGACUGGGAAUCCCAGUACCCAGAAACCUGAGCCAGAAGCGCAAAUUGAAGUCAACAGCAACACCAGCUUUGGCCCCACUUCGGAGGACACUGCUGUGGCCACCACUGAGGCCAUACUUGGGGGCGAUCGGUGCCUUGGUUAUUAUGAUGUCAUGGGUCAGUGGGACCCACCCUUUAACUGCAAUUCUGGGAUCUACAAGUUUUGUUGUGGGACCUGUGGGUAUCGCUUCUGUUGCCAGUUCACAACUGGGCGACUGGACCAAAGUGGCUGUACCAAUUAUGACAGGCCAGAAUGGAUCAACACAGGCCAACCACCACCUCAGGUGGACGAGACCCCCGAGAAUCCCACACGGGACAAGACCAACAUGAUUGUAUACAUCAUCUGUGGUGUGGUGGCCAUCAUGGUGCUGGUAGGCAUCUUUACAAAGUUGGGACUGGAGAAAUCACAGAGCCCUCAGGCAGAGAUGACCAUGUCCAGGUAAGACCCCCCCCCAAAAAAAACCCCAUAUCUUUGUCUUUUAUCCCUUCUGUGUCUCCUUUUGACUUUUUCUUUGCAGUGAAUUUCGAUAAACAACAUGUCCAACUGCCUCCUGUAGCUCUGUCACCUCCUUUGAGGCUGACACUGAGGUCUACAAAGUCAACCAACAUCUUUUCCUCUUCUCAUCUCCUCACUCUGCCCCACACAUACAACCUUCUUUGUCUUUAGGUCUAAGUCCUCAGAAGACAAAGAGAGGGAAUGAUACAGCUCAGGUGCAUAAUAAAGGAAUUGUGCAAAUGGGUGGGAAUGAGAAGUUCAAGUAGGUGAAGCUUAGCAAAGAAUGUUUCUUGAGAGUAAGAACUGUUAAUUUUACUUAAGAGGCUGAAACCUAAGAGGCUAAUUUCAAAAGAAAAUGUAAGUUGUUAUAAAAUGUGGAGAGUGGGAGGGAGGGAGAGAGAUAUACUGUGAAGAGAAUAAUAAGGGUGUUAAGAUUAGCCGGGGCAGGCAGGUACACUUCAUGCUUGGCUGAAGCAAGGCUGAAAGUAAAGUUGGUGAUAUCUUCAUGUGUUGAGAGAGAAAGAAAGAGAGGGGUGGGUGUGUGCAUAAUGGACCUCAGUAUCUCAGAAUAUAUUAUUUCUUUUCCCCAGGGACCCUGUUUUUAAAGCAAGGCUGUGGAACUUUGUGGAACUUUAUAUGCAGUUUUGUGUUUGUGUUUGUGCGUGCGUUUGAGGAGGGGGUGAUGAACACUGGUGCCUAGCACGCAGACACAUGCUUGCACCUGCCCUUGCACCCCUUGCCAGCACAGGGCAGAGGGAUUAAAAGGCAAGUGGCGCGCAACACUGUAGAAAGCUAGGAUAUUCAAAAGCGACACCUCUCCAACUUUGUUAUUGCUCAAGGAAAAGCAGCCCGGAAUGCCGCUGCGGUAUGUGCGAUGAAAACAAGUUCAAAGCCAUGCGGGGCGGGGGGGGGUGUCGGUGGAGAUUGGAAGCGGGUAUUGGCGGUGAAGCGUCUCCGGCUGGGACCAACCCUUUGCCUCCUCUCACUUUGCAGCUGCCAUCUCUAAAGCAAAGCAACUGAACUCGGCAAUUAAUUGUAGGUUGUCUGGUGGCGUUUCCUAUCUGCAUCUCUUGCGCGCGCACACAAGCAUUCUCCCAUAGUGUGCAUUCCAUUGUUUUGCUCUCCUUCGCUUCUUUCUCUCGUUGCGCUUCCCUUCCUCCGGUUUCAUUCUCUCCCUGUGUUACAAGCCCAGUUGUGAACUGUCCUCUUUUCCAUUCCCCUCAACUUCUGUGCCUCCCCGCUCUCUUGAUUCUCCUGUCAGCCCUUUUCUGCCAGGGGCCUCUCUCUCCCCCCCACCCACCCACCCGUCCCCCAGAAGCAAUAGGGGGAGAAGGAUUAAGUCUCUUGUCAGAGGCGAAGUUGUUCCUCCCAAGGCUAUGUAGCACUUGUAGGUCACGAGUCAUGGCUCCUACAACACACAUAGCAACAUGCGCGGUCGUUUUGUCAGUUGUUGUGGGAAGGGAAUGUGGGGGCUCAGGGAUGAUGACAUACAGCGUGGAAGAGAUGGGGAGGAGAGGAAGGGGGCAGGGAAGCAGUGCCACGCUGGGUGCCAGCUCUUUGUAAUGCUAGCGCUUGAUCUGCUUCUGUGCCAGGACUGCAAUCUUUUUACCUGAUGUGUAGCAACAGCAAAGAAGAUGGGCAGCCAAGGGGGCUAUCUGCCCAGUCAGUGACUCUCUGCUUGUGCUUGGCAUCGAGGGAGGUGUCGAGGCAACUGUGUGUCCCCUUCUCAUGGGUAUAAUAAGCAUCCCGGGCAAAUGGCCCUGGAGCAUCUCUCUCAGCCCAAAUCCACUGAUCAGCUGCUCCUCUGACUCCCACUGGGCAGCAAGGAAGGCAAAGUCCAAGCCAGAGCACGCACCAGAAUCAAGGAUCUGAUAAAGGUCUCUACCUCUGUGUAUGGGAGGCUGCCAGGGAUGAUGGCCCAUCCAGUGUAGUGCCACAGAAACGGCCUCAGUUCAGGGGCACCCAACAGCCUGCAUGAGGAAUGAUCACAAAAGUAGCCAAAUGGACUUUUCUAAUUGCCAUGCUGUGAACUAUUUCCAGGCAGCUAUGUGACUCUGGUGGCAAGAUCCCCCACCUGCUGUAGCCCAUGGAAAGCAUCAAGUUCUAGAAUGACAGAGUCCAGGAUCCAGGGAAGCUGAACUUUGGGUUUCAUGCCAGAUUUGCAGAGCAGGGUGGCAAUACCAAAUUCUAACACACAAAUGUCAUUUCCCCAGGCUUCUCUUUGUUUCUGGCAGUGCAAAAUAUUGAAGUGUUUCUAAUGACACCCGAAGUAUGUAAACAACCUAACAGGCCGAUGGAAUCAGACCCACGUCUGUCUGUUCUGUUUCCAGCAGUGGACAGCCAGACAUUUCUGGGAAGCUUACAAGCAACUCCCCAAGGCAAUGGCCUGCCCCCUUCUGUCCCUAGAUUUUGGUAUUGCCUCUAACCAUGGAGGUUCCACCAUACGAAGUCUAACAGCCAUAGAGAGCUAGUUCCCUCCCCAUUAAUAUAGGGGUGUCCACAUCUUCCUUAUCUUUUCCAUCACAUAUCACAUUUGAAAUCAUGGAUGCCUUAACUUGCUAUAACUUCAGCAAUACUGAAAUUUGGUGAUGCCGUCCCAAAGUUCAAGUGUUUCAUAGGAUGGUUAUGUGACACAUUUUAUAGAUCUAAAAAGAAGAAAUAGGGGAGUAAUUAAAUUCUUCCCUGUUCUAACAAUUCGACCCUUUAGCUAAAUAUGGUUGUAUGUGUGCAUGAACACAUCCAAAUACUUUAUGCCCACUUUAAAUCAUCCCAUCAAUGCUCUUCUCUAUGACAGCACAGUGACGUGGUUCCAAGUGGCAUCAUAUACAUGGCCGAUCAGGCACAGCUGUGUUGUAAUGCCUGUCAACUGCAAUGCCAGCAUAAUGGCUUUCUUCAAUAGGGUCUGGGGUUUUGCUAGCAGUGGUUGGUUCUGUGAUGGCCAAAGUGCCUUUAUGAUUGUAAGUGUGUUGUCUCCCCAAUUCAUCUCCCUCUGACCACUUCCAUGCUCCUCUCCUAUUGCUAUGCUGCGCAACAGCUUUGAAACUCACCAACAUACCACAUCUGGUAAUGACGCACAUUACUGGCACAAUAGCACAAACCCAUCUGCUACAUGAAUAAGCAGCUCUGGGAAAUGUGGUUAAUAAAGCAGUACUAAGUAAAUAAAAGAAAAUAAAAUUUCAUUAAGAAAAUAAAAUAAAAACAGGAUCUGCAAUGCAGGGUACAACUGCAGUGUCCUUGUGAAUUUGGUUGUUCGGCCUCUGCUUAAACAUCUUCUGCCCACCACCUCCCAAGGCAUUCUGUUCCACUGUCCUCCCUGCAAGGAAGUGUCUUCUAACGUUUAGCCAAAAUCUGCUUCCCUGCAAAUUUACACCUAUUUUUUCUAGCCUUCCUCUUGCGAGCAACAAAUGAUUGUUUGGGAGCAAGGGAGAAUAGAACUAAAAUAGGGCUCAUCCCGACUUCCCUUUGCCCCACCACUUUCCCUUAGAGGGAAACCUAAUCUUUAGCAAUUGAGUUUUCUCCAGAUUGGAAUUUGCUAAAGAGAGGGUUUUCCCUUGGAAAGGAGUAGAGCAAGGGGAAAGCUGCUUGUCCCUGUGCCUAGAAAUCAUGGGUCAAGGGGGAAACCGCUGAGAUCAAGGCUUUCUAAGCAUGGGGCAAGCAGAAGGGUGGACGAGCCUGUGGUGUUAAACUAGAAGGGCCACAAUGCAAACUUCUAGCAUAUACAGUAGACCACGAAAAGCAACUGGUUUUUCAUUUUCUUAGGACAAAAUGAACACAGUGAAUUACAAUUUACUAGUUCAGCUCCGUUUGGCUAUAUAAGUUUUUGCGGUGGUGGGCCAUAAUAGUUAUUGCAAACCAACCUUGAUUUCAAUAGUUUAAAUUAGCAUGUGUAACUUAAUGUUAAAUUAUAGCCAAAGUCAAGUUAGUUCUGCUUUGGAUGAACAGCCAAACUUGGGAAUUAAAAAGAAAAAAGAAAUCUUUCUAUGCUUGGCAAAAUUAUUGCAUCUUGAUGCAAUUGUUCCGCUGUGCCCUUGAUAGCAAAUAAAAAGCAUUGAUUUUGGAUAUGGUUCCUCAAUUUUGAAUGCAGGUAAAUAUGACUGAAAAUUGGGAUCUUUGCUGAGCAGCCACUGAUGUGCAAAUUUCUGUUUGUUCGGCUGACAAGAGGAACUUUAGAUUAAAGGGGCCAGCCAACCUGUGCCCAAGAAGCAAUUGCUUUGCUCAAACGUCUCUUGUGCUUUUUCUCUGUUAACUGCACCUCCUUCUCUGCCUCAUGGCUAGAACCAGGCUGAUCUUCUCCUGACCAUGAUGUUCUUCCUGGGUGCUUUGGGAUGCAACUCAUCAUGUCCCUCACUUUUAUUAACUUGAUACUUACUGUAUUUUUAUUUUAAGAUUAUUGUAAACCAAUGCAUUUGCAGGGUGGGUUAUAAAUCUAAGUCAUACGUAAAUGCAUGCAUAAGUUCACCAAUCACUAAUAAGGCAGGUGACCCUGCAACUCACUCUGGAGUAAGGGAAACAGAACAAGGGAUGUUUAAAUGGGCACUUGUCCUCUAGCCCAAAGGAAACUAUGGAUGCUACCAUCAAGCUGCUUCAUUGCAGGAACUGUGAACUGGAACAAAAUGUGUUGCCAAAACUAGGGAAGUCAUAAUCAGAAGAGGAAGAGACAGAUUUUGGUAUCUAUAGAGACAGAUGCUAGGGAUGAAGUCUGCCCAGAGGCCAGGUGUGCUGGCAGAGGUGGCAGGAGAAAAGAGCACAGAAAUAGCACCAUCACAGUCAACACAGGUGUCACUGUUUCAUCUUGCUUAAGUUAAUGCUCUUGUUUUACUAUUUCAUCAAGUCAAAUGUGUGCACGGCAAUAUUUCCUAGAGCAAGGUGUUAAUAAUUCCUGCUAGAGAGAGAACGUUUGGAAAUCGGUCCUAUGCAAGCUUCCUAUAUAUCCAGCCCCAGUUUUGUAUCUUUCCUGACCUUUGAUAAUCACUCUAUCCUCCAUAGUACAGCGAUUGUACAGGCAGCACUUUAUCACUUGACUAACUUUGCUAGACAGGUAACUGGGAGUGGCUGCUGGGACCAUAUAACACUGGUCCUAAAGGAUCUACACUGGCUCCCAUUACAUUUCUGAGCACAAUUCAAAGUGUUGGUGCUGACCUUUAGAGCCCUAAAUGGCCUUGUCCCUGUAUACCUGAAGGAGCGUCUCCACCACCCAUUAUUCAGCCCGGACACUGAGGUCCUAGUCCAUGGGUCUUCUGGUGGUUCCCUAACUGUGAGAAGUGAAGCUACAGGGAACCAGGCAGAGGGCCUUCUCAGUAGUGGCACCCACCCUGUGGAAUGCCUUCCCGUCAGAUGACAAGGAGAUUAGCAGCUGUACAACUUUUACACCUGAAGGCAGCCCCGGAGAGGCCAUAGAGAGGCAACAGGAAGCUCCCUCACAGCUGCUCAGGACAAGCACUGGCUCAUCCUCCUCCCCAAGCCUGGCAGCAGCUGCACUGGUGGAGGAAAUAAGGACAUUCCCCAUGCCCUCCAAGUGCACCAAUUUUCCAGGGACAGUCAUGAAAUUACAAAAGCCACCCCAGCUUCUGAUUUGAUCUCAGACAGCGAACAGCUCUCCAGGGCCUUAAGCAGGCAUCUUUUCAUCAUUUGCCAUCUGAUCCUUUCCUCUGGCGAUGUCAAAGACUGAACCUGAGACCUCCUUCAUACAAGGCAGGGGAAAGGAGUCUUUUUCACCUUGAGGGACACAUUCCCUUCUGGGAGCCACAGGCCAAAGUGGGUGGAGCAAUGGGUGUAAAUUUUACUUUUGUACAGUCAGUCAGUCACUCACUCACAAUUCUCUCUGCAGACAAACAAGAGGCAUUAUCAGAGUUCAUGGGCACAUUGCAGCCAGGCUAAAACACUCAAGGCUGGUACAAAGCCAGGUGGUGAGGGUGUGGCCUGGUAAGAGGAAGUGUAGCUUGAGGAGAGUUUUGAGGGGCAGAUGGAGAAGUCCAGAGGGCCCCAACUUGGCCCUUGAGCCUGGGGUUCCCUGCCCCAGAUAAAUUGCUCUGCCCCUGAGUCCUUCCCCAGCAGCUCUCAAAGAUACUAAUAAGGCUGUUGGAAUGGGCAGGAAAUGUAAAAGCUCUGGAAAUUUGGUAACGUAUUGCCUCUGUGAGUGUCUGAUCAGUGAGGUGCCUGCUCUAGUCUGCAGAUUGUCUGCUAGGGAAACAAGUUUGGCAAUAAAUACAUGUUAUAUUUGUGGGUGAGUAGGGACUUGAGGGUGAAUUGAAUGAAAUAAAAAAGCUAUGAGAAAUUGUUUAUUAGGGCAAAGAGACUGACCUAGGAAACUUCUGCAAAUUACAGCAUGGACAACUUAAAUUUAUGUUUGGGGCUUGGUCUCCACAUGCUUGGACACAGUUUAUGAAACUGAGUGGUGGAUAUAUUCCCUGGGAAUAAAGCCCACUAAACUCGAUAGGAUUUACUUAUGAGUAGACAUGGAUAGGAUGUACUGUGAGUCACACAGCCAAUAUAUGGCAUGAAGAAAAGAAGUGGAGCUUGUGCAUAUGAAUCGGCUCUUAUUAGUGCCUAAACCUAUAUAGUAUAAGUGAGCAAACAAUUACAUGAGACAAUAUUCAUACUAAUUUUAAACAUGGCGUUUUGGUUUAUUUAAUUUUGUGAGCUGCUUUGGGCCCAUCUUUGAUGGAGAAAAGUGGAAUAAGCUGUUAAAAUAAUUGAAAUGCAUUAAAAUAAAAUAAUAAGAUGUUUAAUUCCACCCACAGCAAACUGAAAAGAGGUCAGCCAUGCUCAUUCCAGCCUGUUCCCUGGGCCAUCAGCAAGAAUAAUUCUGCAUAAUUAUUGGAAAUAACUUAGGGUGAAAUCCAAAGGCCUCUACCCUGCCCAUCAUGCACCAGCAGAAUGGGCACAAAUGGUGGAACUGAUUACUAUUCUCCUAAUCCCUUGUUCCCCCAAAAUCUGCUCUGGCAGGUUGGAGAUUCCUCCAGAUCAGAUGGGGGAGGUGGGAGAGGGCUGCAGGGGGAGAAAUGGAAAGGGAGGCCCUCUCUGCUUGCACAGCAUGGGAUGUCACCCUAUGACACAAAGAUGUAUAUAUGUAUUGGGCCAUUGCAAUAACUAAUGUAUGUAGGAAAUAUAGACCAAGAAGACUUGUAAAAAAAUUUCUUUGUUUGAUAAGAGUACAACCAGGGGCUAUUAGAAAUAAUUAAAUGGGAAGGAAGGGAUUUUUUGGUGGUAUCAGACAGGGGCACAAAAAGCAAGAGGAGGAAGUGAAGAAAAUGUGAACAAAGGGAUUUCUAUUUAUUUUCUUAAAAAGAGGCAGGCAAAGUCCUGGCUCUGGGAAAGCAUUUUAAAAUAACCCGUUGAUUACAGUAAUUGCAAAAAGGACCAUAUGCUGUGGAAACAGGUUGUGUGAAUUGGCCCCAAUGGACAUGUAACACUUCUCUGGUGCUGUUCAUGCAAUUUCUGGUGUUAAGACUAGAAGCGGCACUUCAUUAGGAAGUUUAUCAAUUAACUGAGAUCUCAAUUUACACUUAAGGCUCAGUGCAGAAAUGUUGGCUCGCAAAAUGUACAUCCUGCCCAAGAAGUCUAUAUUUUGACUUUAUGUCAACGACAAAAAAGUGCCAUUUUGGAAUGCCAGUGAGCAUGGGCACAGGUUUACCAGCACCAAAUAACUGAAGCACACUCCUCUAAAUUUAGAACUCCUGAACCAGGUGCAAUGGCGGAGCUUCAUGCUCCGGCACCGGGGAGGGGGGAGCAGGUGGGGCGGGGCUGGCAUGCAUCCUGGGGGUGUGGUGUGCCGCCCGUAAGGGCAUGGCGCCCCGCCGGAAUUGCGCUGCCGUAGGUGGUGCACUCCCCCCGCACGCCUCUUCCUCCUCCAGUGACCGGGUGUGGACAAUCUCUGGCCCUCCAGAUGUUGCUGAACUACAACUCCCAUCAUCCCUUGCCAUUGACCAGGCUUGUGGGGCUGACAGGAGCAACACCUGGAGGGCCAAAGGUUCCCCACAAGUCUCAUUUUAGAAAUUAACCACUGAAUAUUAACAAAUGGGUUGCUUUGUUAAAAGAUUCCUCCUUCAGAUAUGGAGGAAAGAAGGCUUUUAAAACAGGCUCGUGUCAGGGAGCAGACAUUGUGCCCUCACCUGGAAAUGUGCUGGAUUCUGGUGCUGAGAGGCAGAAGUGGGGGGUGGCUCAUAACAAUGUUCUCAUAAGGACAGAGAAGCUGUAAUGCAGCCAGGAUUGAGCCAGAUGGUCUCAUACUGCAUGCCAAGAGCCCCAGCAGCAGAAGGUGGCACGGAUAAUAACCUGUUCCCAAAAAUAUGGCAGGGGCUAUGAAGUGGACUGUGAUAUAUUUGAACAGUGGGUGACAGCACAUUUGUGGUUUGGGCUGGGUGAGGAAUAGCAGCUUUUGAGUACUGAUUAUGAAGACCAUGAAGAAUAGAGAUGGGGAACCAGAUCCAUCUCCCUAUUUUGGUCCAUGGCCUCAUCCGAUGCAACCCACUGCUCGCUCCAGGUUCUCUGAUGUCCUGGGCCUCUCAGGCUUCUCACAGGCAGACAAGGAAGAGCUAUGAGGUAAAACAAGCAUAGGCCAAACUGGAGCUGAAUCUACAGAGUUUGUGGAAGGAGUAGGAGAAGUGUUGGAAAACAUAUUCUGGCCAGAGUUGCCUACCUAUUAUAGUUGUGAAUUAUGGGCAGUGGCGGUUCUGGUGUGUGUGUGUGUGUGUGUGUGUGUGCAGGAGAUGACAGCUUCCCCAUGGAAGCAGUUUAGAAUAACCCCUGACAGUUAUAUUGGUUUGAAUUUGUUAUGCGGACAAAAUACUAUCACUGCAGAGAUUCUGAUAGUGGAUUUCGGGCAGAUAUAUCAGUGCAAAUGUCUUGGACUGGAGGAAGGAUGAAAGGGUAGAAGUCUGCUUGUGUUUUUGUCGGGGUUUUUGUGUGUGCACUGAAAAAAAUCCUGAUUCUGAAUGUAUUUACUUGGAGUUGGAAGCAAGUGCGUCUAAUUUCAGUGGAACUUACUUGCAUUGAGAUAGCUUAGUUGGCAGAGCACAAGACUCUUAAUCUCAAGGUGGCGGGUUCAAGCCCCACGUUGGGCAAAAAGAUCCCUGCACUGCAGGGGGUUGGAUUGAGAUAACCCUUGUGGUCCCUUCCAAAACUCUACACUUCUAUGAAACACGUUGAAUGUUAAUAUUCUAUGUGAUUGACUAGCAUUUUGAUCCUUAACACAUUUCUGUGGAGGCACUACCCAUAGCAGGUACUCGCAUGCUUAAAAUGAAUGUACAGUGGUACCUCGGGUUAAGAACUUAAUUCAUUCUGGAGGUCUGUUCUUAACCUGAAACUGUUCUUAACCUGAGGUACCACUUUAGCUAAUGGGGCCCCCUGCUGCUGCUGCACCGCCACCAUGUGAUUUCUGUUCUCAUCCUGAAGCAAAGUUCUUAACCCGAGGUAAUAUUUCUGGGUUAGCGGAGUCUGUAACCUGAAGUGUCUGUAACCUGAAGUGUCUGUAACCCGAGGUACCGCUGUACUCUUAUCACCCACAGUUGGAAUGAAGAUAACAGUGCUACGCUUGAGAAAGGAACCUGCCAGGGAGCGGGAAGUGCCCUUCCCCCAGCUCACUAAUGAGAGCUAAUUUUCAUCUUGUCUCCUUUUAUCUGUCCUAAUGUCUUGCUUGCAUGUAAGUUGAACAUACAGUUGCCCCAGGGAACAGGCCUGAUUGGCUGGUGGAGUGAUGUCUAUUAGAGAAGAGCUGGCUCUCCUAAGAAGAGGUUCCCAGCCUGUUGGGAGGGCCACAGGUUGGGAAACAAGGUACCGCAUAAGGAGACACCAUAAAUACAGUAUUUAAAGCCCCAUAGAGCUGAGGUAGGAGAAAGCAACCCAUCAGGCUUGGUGCUGUAAAGAUGCAGAAAGCAAUUGUCUUUCCCCAGAGAAAAGAAUUCAGCCUUUAAAAGGUAUAAUUGGGUAAAUACAUAGGGAAGCAGGUCAGUUUGGUGAUCUGAUCAGGAGUGGAGGAAAUGGUUGUGCUAAAGCAGGACUAGGGACCUGUGGGACUCGAGAUGUUGUGGGGCACACAGCUCCCAUUUUAGCCCUGUUUGGUCUGGGGAGCUGUAGUCCAGCAAUAUCUGCAGGGUCAUUUGCUCACGCCUGCCCUAAAGAAUCCACAUGAAGUCUACAAGCAGAUCGCACUUGCAUUAGUCAAAACUGCAUAUGAAUGUGUGUUUAUUAGGAGACAUUUGCCCUGAAAUGUUGAUGAAUUUUGAUGAGGUAACAAACCCGCAAAUCGCUGUAAAGUGCGGAGAACUGAAUUUAAGAUUGGGGAAAUGAGAAAUGUAGAGAAAUGAGAAAUGGGGAGAACCAAAACUGACAGCUCCUUCCAUCCCCGGCUGCCGCCGAACUUACUCCUUCCGACUGUGGUGCUGGCUCAAGCCAGAGAGAAGGAAGCAGUUGCCCUUCUACAAACAGAAACAAAGGUGCACUAAACACCAGGAACAAAUCCAGAACUGCACACACCCCUCCAAAGGCCAGCGAGGUUAUUUUGGCAACUUGAGGGAGAAAGUCUCACUAGUGCAUUUCCUGUAGUAAAGAUGGAAUAAUUAAAUAACUGACAAUUUGUUGCCUUUUCAUGUCAGCCAAAACGUUCUGCCAGAAGUGGCUGCCUCAGUCUGGCUAACGAUAGGGCUGGCCUUGCUAAUCACUCAUGGCAUCGUUCAGCUGUACAGACAGUGGGCACUUGCACACAGCAGUUUGUGGAGGACUCAGGGCUGCUCACACAUGCAUGUUUUGUGUGGCAUCCGCUGAGAUCAUCCUUGCCAUAUCCCCCCCCCCGCCCCAUUUCAUCCAAAUUUCUUAUUUGUGCACGAAAUUCAGCAAGUUUAGAAAAACCCACAGAAACAGCAAGUCUGUGUUCAAUAGGGAAAUAAUAUGUGGUGUCAUUUUAAUGAGGACUUUGUUGUGUGAAUGCUAUGAAAAACUUGCAGACAAGAGCAACACCAGCAAUAAACUGCAAUGUGGAAGCAUCUGGUGUCAGAAUAAUAGAAUUGUAGAGUUGGAAGGCACCCAAUGGGUAAUCUAGUACAAUUCCCUGCAAUGCAGAAAUAACUGUCAAUCCUGAAUUUUUCUGCAUGUUUUCUUUACACCUCUUUCCAUCUCACCCUUACUUUAUGGUCACUUGCAGACAGCCUGUUUAUUGAGCAUUCAUCCUGAUUUGCUUGUGGGAAGGUUAUAUGACUUCAGUUAUCACAUACUGUCUGGUGCACUUCCCCAUUGCUUUCCUGACCACAAAAAUCUGUGGGGUUUUUUAAACCCUAAAACAGGUUUCGUUGUGCAAGAGUGCCAAAUCCAACGUUCAUUGUGCAACCUUGGCUGGAUCGAGACAUGUCAAAGAAGCAAUUCAGUUAAACGCAUUGUAAACUCAUACAGGGAAAUCCAGUAGAGAAAGAUGGGACUCCACAGCACCAUCUAGUGCCACAGUGUUAUAUCGCAUGUAAAACGCUUUUUCUUUACCAAUCUAGCUGAGUCCCUGAAUUUGCUGCUUGGUGAUUGAAUACCACCUGCAAAGUAACGACAGCCUGGAAGCAGCAGCCCUCUCCCUCUCCCUCUCCCUCUCCCUCUCCCUCUUCCUCUCCCUCUCCCUCUCCCUCUCCCUCCAUCAUUCUGUCAUGGGAACCCCAAACAUUGCUUCUCUUUCUCACUGGCUCACAUCCCAAAAGUAGUUUGUUCGGUGUGACCAGACGAACGUGUUGCAAGUAGUCUUGGCAGUUAAAACUGGGACGGAGUGUAAAUGUUGGUGGGGCAAACAAGAAUUUUGUGACACUUGUUUUAGUAGACACUGAUUAGCUAAGUAUUAUUAGCUCAGGGCUAGAAAAGCAGUGAUGUAUAAGGAUUUUGAAAUGUAAAAUUAUUCAGCCUUGUGGUAGGGCUGGUGCCUUAACAAAUUAAGAUGGUUCUGAAAAGAUGUUGACUGACACCUCGGAAUUUGGUGCUGUGGUUUUUUUCCACCCUCUCUCGUCCUCCACACCACACUCCUACCCCGGCCCUGCAUUCAACAUACUAUCAAAGUCAACAAUCCAAAUGCCAUUGUGUGAGAAACCCCAAUAUGGGUUGUGUACUAGGUUGCUGCAGCCCUGAUUGUGCCCUUCAUGGUACCCUUCCCUACCAACAGCCCCUCCACUCCUUUGGCAAGGAUUCCUCGGCAGCCUAUGACCAGCUUCACCUCUAAACAUGAAGUCAGAAGAUUCCUGCUCAGGAGAAUGCCGUCCCCUGCUGUUACUUAUUGACUGGUCUUUUCCCUUGCAAAGCCACACUGUGGACCCUAUUUAUCCUCGCCCAGUUUCUGUCAUUCUUUCCAGUGAUACAUCUAAGCUGCUCGGACACAUGUUGGGCUCUAAAUCUACAUGGUCUGGACUAGCUGGGAUUGCAGCUCAUCACUCUGCACAGAAAUCCAGCAUGGAGGCCAAACUCCCCUCCAGAGCUGAUCUAACCCAAUGAGCAAAAUGAAGCAGAUAUGCUCUUCAGAAUGCCAGUGUGUGUGUGAUAAUUAUUGAUUAUGCAACUGGUACAUAGAAUUGCGCUUUUUUCCUUCCAGUUCUCCUUUUGCAUCCUGACUCCUAGGGCUCGUCCACACUUUGCUUGUCCUGUGUCUAGAAAGCGGGGGUCCGAGAGGUUUUCUGCUUGCUUCGCUGCUUUUACCGGGACACUGAAUUUACCAGUGAAUUAGAGCAAAUGUCAGUCUGCGGAAACGCAGUUGAUGUUUGCUCCAAUUCAGCAAGUUUUCCUGGGGGGAAGCAGUGGGACAAGCAGAUGUGUUGGAGUGCUUUUUUGUGUGUGUAAACAGCAAGCCACCUUAACUGCAUUGGCAGAAAGGCAGUAUAUGGAGGGGAAAAUAAAUACUUUGAAUACUCCUCCACUUUUUGUCAGCAGCCCUUGUGUGUGGUGUGGUAAACCAAUAUAUCUAAAGGAGGGCAGUGCCCAGUAUCAGAUACGUUUAUUUACAACAUGCUGUAGGGGAGGAAAGAGUAUGAAUGGGAAGCUUUCAAAAUAUGCCCUCUCAGUCUCUCAACUGCAUAUUUCUAUGUCACCUUCAUUCCAUGUAGCACAUAUAGAUCAGCUCUCAGCUGAGGUGUAGGAGGUGAGUGAACCCCUCACUGAAACCAAGUAGUUUUCUUUUCAACAGACGGCACAGCAAAGGCAGGUGCCCUUGUCUGCAUGCCCUCCACUUGCCCUCUAAAACCCACUUCCUGUCUCCUUCCUCUUCCUCCCUCCUUGCAUGUGAAAGGAGAAGCCCCCUCUACUCCUGACAGGUCAGAAAGGGGAGGCAAGAACCUUGUGGCACAAAUCACUGAGACUAGAGCAGAGGGCUUUUUUUUCAGCCAGAACUCGCCAGAACUCAGCUCCAGCACCUCCUAGUAUGGCAAGGGAAGGAGGGAAGCGAGGGAAGCAGAGUUUAUAUUACAGACACAAACACGCACACACACGCACACACACACACACACGCACACACACUGUGAAGAGUAAGCUUUAGUUGGCCCUUUUGCUUGCAUGGACAGUGGUGCCUUGGGUUAAGAACUUAAUUCGUUCUGGAGGUCCGUUCUUAACCUGAAACAGUUCUUAACCUGAGGUACCACUUUAGCUAAUGGGGCCUCCCACUGCCACCGUGCCGCCGGAGCACGAUUUCUUUUCUCAUCCUGAAGCAAAGUUCUUAACCCAAGGUACUAUUUCUGGGUCAGCGGAGUCUGUAACCUGUAACCCAAGGUAAAAAGGUAAAGAUAAAGGGACCCCUGACCAUUAGGUCCAGUCGUGACCAACUCUGGGGUUGCAGCGCUCAUCUCGCUUUAUUGACCAAGGGAGCCGGCGUAUAGCUUCCGGGUCAUGUGGCCAGCAUGACUAAGUCGCUUCUGGCGAACCAGAGCAGCGCACGGAAAUACCAUUUACCUUCCCGCCAGAGCGGUACCUAUUUAUCUACUUGCACUUUGACGUGCUUUCGAACUGCUAGGUUGGCAGGAGCAGGGACCGAGCAAUGGGAGCUCACAAUGGGAGUCGAGGGGAUUCGAACCGCCAACCCUCUGAUCGGCACUGUACAAUUGAAAAAUAGGCCUAUGGACACCCACACACAGAGAGAGGAGUUUCUUUUUCUUUCUCUCUCUCUCUUUCCUUGACUUUAAAAUUUACUGAGCAUUGGCAACACUGGUGCGAAAACGCCGGCUUGCCCUGAAACGUAGCAGCAGGGUUGCAGGCUAUGGGGGGUGGGCUCCCUCUGGCUCUUCAGGUUCCCUUAAGUAUAAUCCUUCUUGACUAACAUCAUGGGUCCCUUCUUUCGCCUUUGCUCCUGGGCUUCAGUCCCAUGACUGCGACUGCCAGGCUGCAUUUUCUCUGCGGGGCCCUGUACAAGCAUUGAGCUGUACACGUCCUGGCUUGCUUUCCCGGGCUUGUAAGCCAGCACCCGAAUGCUCACACCAGCCUCCCCUUGAAGAGAUGCUUGAAAGCGUUUGGCCCUUCGCCGGUACUCACUGGCUCGUUUAUGGUUUUUUCCAGAGCUCCUAACGAGGAGCUUAAUCUGUCCACGAUGACGAACCUUUGCUGAUGUUGGCUGGAGUGCCUACUUGCGGGUAAUAAGCUGGCAUCAACUGAGUUUUAGGGAUGCUUCUGUUUCAUUUUAGGAGGUCAGUUGGUAUCAAUAUUUCUAUCAUGUCUAGGGUUGGCAUACAUCUGGAAUUUCCCAGACAUACCUGGAAUACUGCAAAAUGUCCAGGAAAAUCUGUAGGUAUGGCAACCCAUGUCGGCAUUUUUUGUGAUUUUGCCAAAAAGAGUUCAACAACUUUUGUGUCUGGAUUUCCACUUUUUGAAAUUUGGCAACCCUAAUCACGUCCUCCUAAUGCACGUGUGCCACUAAGGGUGGCUUACAAUAAUUUAAAAUCACAGUGCAAUAAGUGGACUGAAAUGCAACGAAUGCAAUGAAAGAAAUAACAAAUAAAAAACAUAGCAUUAAAUAUCCUUUGAAAAGCAACCAGAAAAGUGAACGGAAGUUUGUUUUUGUAAAACUACCUUAACGAGCAAAAAUCUUUAUCAACAGGCAAAAGACAACUGGGGGGAGGCAGUUGCUUGAGCUGCUUUUAACAGGAAAAUAUUCCUUAUAAAAACAAGAGUGUCAAUGUGCAAAUCUGUAGUUCUUGAUUGUAACUGUAGGGUCUGAAAGUUCUUGUUGUACCAGUAGGACUCCUAGACAUUAUCUUGAUGGCUCUGUCAAUGUGAUGAAGAACUUUUCUCAUGUAGAUGUAGAUGUAGAUGUAGAUGUAGAUGUAGAUGUAGAUGUAGAUAUAGAUAUAGAUCUCUCACACCUUCCUUUGUGGGCGCCCUUUGUGGGACCGCACACAGCACCUUGGGCCAUGUGGGGCUCACCAGCUGGUUGGGCUGGCCCGCCUCCCUGUGCUAGUCAUUGGGGGUUCCCGCCAAACCCCAGUUAACCUAUCAGCACCGUUGGGAGGAGGGGCCAAUUGCUUAAACAGGAUGAAGAACGUUUCUCAUAUAUAUAUAUAUAUAUAUAUAUAUAUAUAUCCUACUUAAUGCCAGAAUAGACUUCGAAACUAUUUACAAGUAUAAAAACCAAUUACACAAGCAUUAAAAUAUAAACUUCUAUAAUUAAAAUGGACAGUGACACAAUCUCAUUAAAACAUGAAAAUAUAAACACUUCUGGAAGUGGAGAGCCUUCCGGGAAGAGGGUAUGCUUACCCUUCCCUUUCUCCAGCUAAGAAUGUGCUAAUGUGGUCUGUGCAAAGAAAGUCACUGGGUGGGAACUCAGACACAACUCAGGCUGCAGGUCAGAGAGCAAAAAUCAAGCCCUAGAAGCAUCUUGGGGUAGGGAAUCAGUAUCUGCUGAGGUGUUCGUGCAGUGAAUUUCCACCUAUAUUCAACCUGUAUUAUGUGUGUAAAUCGGGGUGGGAAAUCUGUAAGCAUCCUUUAAUUCCAGAAUGGAAAACCCGUAGUCCUCCUGAGAUUCUCUUCUCAGCAUAUGCUUUAGCCCAUCAAGGCACAUAAGGAAAGUAUGCUUUAAGCAAAGGCUCAGUGGAACUUGGUAGCAAGAGCUCAUGGCUUUUUUAGGAAAUCAUAUCACACAUUGAGACCUAGCAUGAAAAUGAAAACUAUUCUUCAGCCAGAACCAAAGAAUACCACAGAAAGGUUAUCCAUUAACCAUCAUUUUGUUUGAAAUGGCAGGUAAACGAGUCCUUGAUUGCCCUAGCUUCACAUUUCACAGUAAUCUGUGUCAAGAAAAAUACAUGCAGUUGUGAACUUCACUUAAGAAUCUCCCGCCAGGAGUCUCCUGCCACCCAGUUUGCUUCUGUGUCAAUUUGCAUGAAGAAAGAACCAUUUGGUAUAACGGACUCUGGAGCCGCACUAUCAUAAGUGCACAUGCCUCAGCCCAGGAGCCCCUGGGAAUUGCAGGAAAGGCUCCUAGUGUUUCAAAUGCAAAUGUGACACAAAUUAUAGAUGUUCCUUACGUGAAGUAAUUUGGCACUUCAUGCUGAAGUUAUAAAAGCAAUUGUGAAAAGGUAUGAGAAUGCAAGAACUGCUGGGUUUGGGCUAUUCUCUAGGGCUUUUGUCUUAUUAUUAUUUUAAAAGUUAUCAUGCAAGUUGCCAUAAUUUUUCUGGGGAGGUUUUUGUGGGGUUCUUUGCAGCUGAUUAUCUUUUCCUGUUAAGAAAGCAGAUAUGCUUUUGCAUGUAUAACAGGCUGCAUUCGGGAACCUCAGGCCUGGGGUCCAAACUUCUGGAGAACCAGAGUUGUAGCUUCUAGGCCUCUCUCACUAGCCCUCAUGACUCUUAUAAGCUACACUCCCUGCCCCUGCCAUAUCCCCUCUCUCCAGGCCAUGGCCCUCUCCUGUCUUGUUGUGCACCCUUCCACAAGUGCGCCUGUCCAUCUGGAGUGUGCCCUUGAACCAUCCCCCACAAAUGUCCCUGAAAAAACAGGACAUCCUGUUUUUCCCCGCGAGAGCACAGCAGCCAUUUUGGGCUUCAUGAUCUUACAAGGGUCAUGUAACUCACACGGGAGCAUGACCAGUAAGACAUGGACUCAACAUGUUGGAGGGUAUGUUGAACUGUCAUAAUGCCUCUUGCUUACCUGGAUACAAAGAAUUACACCUCUUUCUCUGUCCACAUUUGGACCCACCUACUUUUUUCCUCUCAGCCUAGGGUUGCAAUACGUCCGGGAUCUCCUGGACAUAUCUGGACCACUGCAGCCAGCAGCAGUGUCCGUUUGGAAAUCGGUAAAAAUGUCCGGGGAAAUUCGGACAUAUGGCAGCCCAUGUCGGCAGUGCCGUUUUGGCUGACUUCACAUAGAAAUACCUCGGAAACGUCAUUUUUACUUUUUUUGCAAUUUAGCCCUAAAAGCUCACCAGCUUUGUCCCCUCCUACUCUCACUCUGCCCACCAUUGCUGCAUGGCUCCUGUAAGACUAUCCAGGAGGAAAUGCGGCCCCCAAGUGGAAAAAAGGCUUGCCACCCUUGGCAGCUAAGGCCUCAGGCCCAGUCACUGAUAUCCCCAAUUAAAGUAGUGAGGCUGGAGGAGAGUUGAUGCCAGUCACAGUGUCCCAUUCUGAAACAGAUGGGCCAGUCGCCUGCCUUGGUGCAAGGCAAGUUUUUAAUCUACACCCAGAGGAUAUGUCCGCAAAGAGCCUGGCAAGCUCUGGAUCAGUUCUCAUAAGGAAAGAUUAUAUGUUGUGCAAUGGAGAACAACAGAUAAAUUCCCCAUAGGUCAGUUAUAUGGGAAAUGAAUACAUAAAGAAGAAAUACCCUGGAAGUCCAGAAAAAUGGAAAUAAUAGCAACAGUGCCAUGUUGGCAGCAGCCCAGAUGCCCACACAGUUGCCCACACAGUAGCCCACUUAUAAUAUGGCUUAAUUGUUUCUCCAUUGCUAAUAGUUAUGUAUCUAUUGUUGAUUUUGAGUUUCAGUUGUGUUUCAAUGGGUUUUUAUCUAAAAAGUGGGAUAGAUGUUUUUACAAAUAUGAAAUGAAAUUAAAUGAAGGGCAGCUGACAAGAAGCAUGAUCCAGACAACCAAAACACAUCCACAUUGUACAUUUUGGUGGACAGCCCCCAAAAUUCCGAUUCAAAAACAAAUGAUAAGAUAUUCUCUUUGCCCUCUUUUUCCCCCCUUAUAGAACGUGAAUAAAUUCUUGUUGUCGGUUUGGUUUCUUGUUAGUGAUAGACCAAAGCCCCUUAUCAGGUUCAGUAAAGCUGCAAGUCCAACUGAGAUUUUUUAAAAAUGACGUUGGGGGACACUGGAGCUGGUCCCCAACACUGGUGUUCGUGACACAACUCACAGACUAUAUAACCAUGAAAAUUGUUCAGCCCCAUUCAAGAAAAACUGAGCUCUAUCAGCAGAUGAAAGAACAAAGCUGUUUCCCCUUGCAGUUUUAAGUGCUGAGAAAAGGAGGCAUCCGUCAAACAGAAGCCUGUUCCAUUCUGAGCAGGGAGGCUUUUGCAACAAAUGAACAGCAAGGGCACAUACCUUGCUGUGAGUGUCUGGAAAGGCAAGCAGGUGCAAAGGGUAAGCAAUGGGUGAACCGAAAUGACACGUGACAAAAGUGUCAGAAUUAUACUCACAGUAAAACAGCUCAGGAUCUUUACUUAUGAUGGCGCUGCUUAAUUUCCCUCCAUACCUUUUCUAGGACGCUCACGGAUCUCCUGAAACAGCCAGGAGGACAUGGACCAUCUGACAUCUUGCCAGAGAGCCACAUUGGCAGUGUGCAGGUCCAGAUUAGCGAUGGGUUUUCUCGAUCUCCCAGGAAUAGCACAGGUAAGAUAAUCACAAAGUCCUCGGCUGUGUGCAUAUUAACAGCUUAAAACACAGCAAGGCCUUUCUCCUUCUCCCAGCCAAAAAUCUAGGAACUGCAAAUUGUUAAGGGCGCUGUAAACAGUUUACAGUGGGGGUAAACUACAGUUCCCAAGAUUCUUUGGGGGAAGGCAUGUGCUUUAAAUGUGUGGUAUUGUAUGCAGCCUGUGUAGGAGAAAACUUUCUUUGUAUACAGAAUAUCCCAGGUUCACAGGUUGCUCAUCCCUAUCCUAGAGGGUUUGGUGACAAUUCACACAACCAGCUUGGUUGGAGGGGGGCAUCACCUGGGUGAAACAACCCAAAAGAGGACUUCUACGCACCGGAUGUGCAAGGAAACCCCUAAGGCUUCUUCCCUUUCAGCAUGGCAGGGAUAGAAACAUAGAGUCCCCAAAAUGAACAAUGCUGCCCCUGCUGGACACUUUUCUUCUGCCUGGCUCUUAAAGGCACAGGAGCACCCUUCAAGGUUAUGCAGGAGGGUUGCCAUGUGGAAGCACUCCUGAAGCCUCAUCACACGUGGUCUGUGUGGAGCAGGGACAGCUCCCCCACCUCACGUCCUUGCAUGACCUAUAUAAUGCCUAUCCUCAACCCUCAAUAUGCCAAGCUGCCCUCAGAAAACCUUUAGUCUAAGCACUACUUGGUAUCAGUAAAGGAAGAAAAUAUAUUCUCCCUCUCUUUUUGUUGACUGUUGCAUGCCAUUCCAUAUUUAUAACCUACCUUUCCUCCCCAAAGGCAGCCCAAGGCGCCUAAGGGGGGACACACACACACAAAUCCAAUCCAUGCAUCCACAUCAAUAUCAACUGUACAACAAACUUACCAAGCCCAUAAAUGCCUACAUAAUGUAUGCAAAUGUAUACAAACAGUAAUCCAGUACUGCUGCCCCAUUAAAUGUUUCCAGCAGAGCAUAUGUGUAAGAGGCAGAAACAUGAAGCGUUCCUGCUACGCUGACUCCAUGGGUGGGGUGGGGGAGAAGCUGUACCUGUUGGACUUCUACCUGUUCUACUUAUUUUUAGAAGCACAUAGGAACCCUGAGCAGGGAGGCAUGAUGAUGAUGACAACGAUAGUUUUAUUUUUUAUACCCCACCGAUCUGGCUGGGUUUCCCCAGCCACUCUGGGCGGCUCACAGCAUAUAUCAGAACAUACUAAAACAUCAAACAUGGCUGCCUUCAGAUGUCUUCCAAAAGUCAGAUAGUUGCUUAUUUCCUUGACAUCUGAUGGGAAGGUGUUCCACAGGGCAGGCACCACUACCGAGAAGACCCUCUGCCUGACUCCCUGUAAUCUCGCUUCUCACAGUGAGGGAACCAACAGAAGAUCCUCGGAGGACCUCAGUGUCUGGGCAGAGCGGUGGGGGAGGAGAUGUUCCUUCAGGUCUACAGGGCCGAGGCCAUUUAGGGCUUCAAAGGCCAGCACCAAAACUUUGAAUUGUGCUCGGAAAUGCACUGGGAGCCAAUGCAGGUCUUUCAGGACUGGUGUUCUAUGGUCUUGGCGGCCACUCCCAGUCACCAGUCUAGCUGCCGCAUUCUGGAUUAAUUGCAGUUUCCAUGUCACCUUCAAAGGUAGCCCCACGUAGAGUGCAUUGCAGUAGUCCAAGUGGGAGAUAACUAGAGCAUGCACCACUCUGGCGAGGCAGUCCGCAGGCAGAUAGGGUCUCAGCCUGCGUACCAGAUGGAGCUGAUAGACAGCUGCCCUGGACACAGAAUUGACCUGCGCCUCCAUGGACAGUUGUGAGUCCAAAAUGACUCCCAGGCUGCACACCUGGUCCUUCAGGGGCACAGCUGCCCCAUUCAGGACCAGGGAGUCCCCAAAUCCGCCCACCCCCUGUCCUGAGAUAGAUGAUAGUUACUGGCCAGCAUAGAAAUAUUGUAAAAUAAUAAGAAUAAGAAUACUAAUAUUGGAACAGAUAGCUUUCUGACUUAACUGCUCAUGAGCAUUUUGUAAAGGGAACAAUUGGCAGUAAUCCUUUCCCUGUAUCUUUUCAGCCUCUGCUGCUCUUGAGUGGGGGGGGGGGUCGGGGGAGGAUACCCCUGUGGAGAAAUGCAGCUGGUCAUCAUGGGAGGGGAUGUGUGACCUCUGGCAAUGUCAGCCCCCACAUUUUGCAAGGUGAACAGUCGCCAGGGUGAAAACCAUCUGAGCGCACCAGUGACUAGAUGAGGGCAGGAUUCCCCCACAUGCACACUUCCCCCAAACAUUUUACACAUACAAUCUCUUCCUUGCUAAUUCUUGCAGGGGGGGGCUGGCAGGCAAGGGGCUAUCUCUGCUCCGAUUUACAUCCAGCUGAUGGAGGGGGAUGGUUUGCUGCUGCUUCUCUUUGUGUUGUGACUCAGUUCUGCCUGGGGCCGAGAGAGCGCUCUGUCUCCUCCUCUCUUGUUUGCCCAUGACACUUGUCCCAGUUUAAAUACAGAUUUCCUCCCUCCUCUCCCUGCCUCCCUCCCUAUCACCUUUGAACAUUGGUUAACUGAAGUGAGAACUGACGAGUGUCACUCGCUUGAGGCCCUGAAGAAUGAAAUCUGAGCGAUAACCACAUUGGCAGCCAUUCAGAUCGUCAUCAUAAUCGCCAUCGCCUGAUACUGCCGGGCCCCCAAAUCCUUAAUUAAGGCUGGGAUCCAGUAUCCCCGACAUGCUUUGCAAAAGGCACAAACUCUGCCCGAAAGGUUUUGCUGUCACAAGAUUAACCGGCAGCAGGUGGUGAGGUGAGAAAAGAAUUACAGAACACAAGCAAAUCAAUAGGCUAUGGAAAGCCUCCUCCUGUGUUCCAAAGGCUGUUUGCUGUAUUACUGUUGCGCUCAUCCCAAUGUCUGAGCAGCAAGAGGCUUCAAGGGUUCCUGUGCUCACCAGGGUUCAGUUUCCUUGGAUUGAAGGUCAAUGGAGACUGUGGCGUCUUUAGCAUAUAUAGUUUUAUUUACACAUGUAUACAACCUAAGCAUAAGAUGGAGGGGUUCACAGCAUUAUCCCUUCCAACAGAUCUUGCUUCCCCACUAGGUUUCCAGGGAAGUCCCUAGCCUAGGUUGCCACCUUUGGGACAAGUCGGGGGGGUUGGGGGGCUAAAAAAUACUUUACCUGGUGCAGAAUGAAAUGACCACAAAGCAAUCCAUUACAAUGGGUUGUUUCCAAUGCUGGUCAUACUCGUAGAGUAGACCCAAUGAAAUUUAUGGAUCUAAGUUAGCGAUGCACAUUAAAUCCAAUGACUCACAUCUUCCCCACCUGCUGAAUUUCUGCCUGUCAGAAGAAUGGUAAAGGUAGAAACCCAGCCAAAGAAAGAAAGAGGCGGAGAGAGCAACAAAUUCUGUUUCUCUUCCUAAUAGAGCUUUGCCUUCAACAUCCCUUGCCAUAUAGCUACUAAUGCCAAUUCAUCCACACAAACAUCGUCAGACAACUUCAUCCAGCCACUAGGGUUUACAUCUUUUCUUGUCACAUAUUUGAGGUGUUUUAAAAAGAAUUCAUCUGUUACCUAUAGGCAAUCAUAGAACUGUAGAGUUUGAAGGGACCCUAAGGGUCAUCUACUCCAACCUCCUGCGAUGCAAUUUCUAGGUGGUGACCUGGCAUUGGAGGUGGGUUGUAGGUGUUUGUCCUUCUCCAUCAACUGCUGUUACCUCCAGAUGUCUGUCCGCUGUGCCUCACUAUCUCGCUGCCUGUCACGAGGUCCACUUUCUUGGGAAACAGAAUUUGCAAUUCUACUCGCACUUGGGAGGGCCUAGGACACUGAGCGGAUUGUGCUGAAGCCUUACCUUGCCACCUCCUUCUGCUUCCAGACAAGAACCACUUGAACAACGCUGUGGUUAACCCCUCCAGCGUCUCACAGAUUGGGCUGUCGCAUUCACACAACAACCGGCUGCAAAUGGCAAGCACGCUGCCACACCAAGCGCCCGACUAUGCCAAGUAUGCAACUCUCAAGGCUGUAGGUAGGUAUUGCGGCACUGCGUCUCCUGCUGGGCAAAGUAAGGCUGGCAUUUGCUGGAGGAAGGCUGUGAGAGCUGGUUGCCCCAGUGUGGUAUGCUAUAUCUCCAUGUACUCAUGCCUAUCUGCCCAUUGCUGUGUGUGGGGUGACAUCAUCAUUGUGUCUUUGUUGACUAGGGGUGGGGAACCUCAGGCCUGGGAGCCAAAACAUGGGUCAAGCUUUUCCAUCUAGCCAUAGUCCAGACCAUGCCCUGGUGUUUUUGCCCAGCUGCAAUGUGUUCUUGAACUGUUGCAAUGUCUCUCGCUUGCCUUGAUGGAGAGAUGUUUGCAUGGGGUGUGCCUAGGAAUCUCUGACAGAAUGUAGCCUUCUGUGCAGAGGUGAGAUGGCCUCUGACAUGUAUGAAGUGGGGGGGAGGGGGAGGUUGUAAGGUCCACAAGGAAGUGGGACCAUUUGGCUGGACCAAGUUUUCCCCACCAUGUUGCUGGCCUUCCAUUUUGCUGGAUAGUAGCUGGAGAAUGGGGAGAAACUGGAUUCAGGUCGCAUUUAAAGAUAAACCUCAUUCCACUUUCCAAAACAGCACAUGAACUGGAAUGCUGCCACCUUUUGAAACUCAUGCUUUUCCAAAUUUUGCAGUGCAGUUUUCCAGCCAUGCAAUGUGACGAAAGUUCAUAUACUAGGGGGACAUGUGCAUAAAAAGCAUAUAUUAGUGGAUAAAAUUAUGCAUUAUAUUAUGGGAAAUUGUGUUAUGAAAAAUGUGUUUAGGCAAAAUUGCAUACAAAAACGUGCAUGUUAGCAGUUCAUAUGUAAAUGCUGAUGCAUAUUAAUGAGGACUUUGGUUGUUGUUGUGUAUAUAUAUAUAUAUAUAUAUAUAUAUACAAACUGAUGUGAAAAUGUGGAGAAGUGAGACAUGAGAAACUGAGAGAAACCAAAAUUCACAGAUUCGCCCAUCGCUAGUAGUAAAUGCUGGAUUUCACUAAUGCCAGAGGAAGAUUGAAUGAGGUGGGAAAGAAAGGAAAGUGAUUGCAGGGGAAGAAAAACAUGAGCUAAGACAGAAAAGGGAGCUGUUUUGGAGAGAUGAAUAAGUCAUGAGCUGAGGGCAAACAGAGUGAGUCUCAUGGCCCAACUACAGUGGGGGUGUUGAAUACAGAGCAGAUGACUAAGAGCUGAUGACAAAAAUAAUUUAACGUGGAUUAGUUGCCCUUUAACAAAUAUUAAUCACCCCUUUAUGCAAUUAUUAUUCCUCACACUUUGGAAGAGUUUUUAAGGCCUUAAGACAGCCUUUGACGGCAUGGUGCCCUCCAGGUGUUUUGGUCUACAGCAGCUUCAGUCAGCAUAGCUGUGUAAUGCUAGGGGUGGAUGGGAGCUGUGGUUCAAAACAUUCAGGGGACACUAGGUUGGCAAAGGCUGGAUUAAGGCAUGGGGAUGGAUUCUACCAACAGGCAACAGCUGGAGAGCCUCCAUGGACCACCCUAUGACACAGAGAAGGGGUGAGCACCUCAAAUCACUCCCAGCCAUUUCUUCAGCUUUUAACCUAUUCAAGAAGGCCUCGUUGUUAUGGUAACCACAAACAAAGUUAUUUAAAAUAAAGGCCUAUGCAGAAAGUCAAAGUCGAUCUAGCUGUACUCAAAGGUGUUCAAAACAAUGAUGGCUAUUCCUGCCAAUAUCAAAAUACCUGCAUGUUUGCUCUUUGAUGUAAUUAUAUAUUAGACUUUGUAUCAUUCUUAUCUAAAUUGUUGAAAUCUACCCUUUUGUUGAUCAUGGCUUGGCUUGCCUGUCAUGUUAAGCCAACCAUCGCUUUGCCCAAACCUCUGAGCUCUAGGAGAGGAGGUUGUGACUGCUUCGCUCCUCCUUGUUCAUUCUGCUGAUGUGCUAUGCCAUGGGUUGUCAGAUCCUUUGAAUCUGGGCUCACGGUUCAGCCAUCUCUAGACUAACCACAAUUUGUAACCAAGGUUUGUCCUAUGGUUCACAGCUUGUGGCUUGUUCAGGAGAGCUAAACCACAAACCUGGGUUCAGACAACUUGCCAAGCCAAACCAUGGCUUAGCUGAGCACAGCAGAAUGACUCUGAGAACCUGAACAAUCCUGGAUUAAUGUGUGGUUUGGCUUAGCCUGACACACAAACCAAGACUGCGGCAGACCUGACAUUCACCUUCUCCUGCUUAUGUACAGAUGGAAUUAGUUAACAUUUAACAUCCCUAACCCUCUAGUGAUACUCACAAGCAGGAUGGUUAGGUGGUUAAAGAGCUGUCAGGAGAGCCAUCACAACCUUAAGAACGUUUUGCCCUUCGUUUUCUGCUCUGUUCCAUAUAUUCCCUUCCAGAAAGUGCUCCUGAGGAAUUCUACAAGCGGUUUCCUGUGGUGGACAUGCCGCCAUCAGCCACGCUGUCCUUCCCUCCCUUGACGCUACACCAGAAAGACGUUUCUCCCUUCCAGGACGGUUGUGCUCUGAUUGGCUUGGCAACACCAGGACAGAAGGCCAAAGUGAUGAAAGCCAGUGCCCACACACUGGCAGGCAGCCCGGCCUUCAAACCAGGGUGGGAUCCUAACCACCCCGACCUUCGACGGCAGGCCUACACCACCAAACGCCAGUUCAGCAUCGAGAAGCUCCCAGAGGUCUUCAGCCAGACGCCCACCCACUAUGCCCAGCAGCAGCGGCCCUUCUCCACCAACAGCAAGACGGAAGUCACUGUCUAGAGCAGACCUCCUCCUCAAUCUCCCCUCCCUUCGAAAUAUUCAAGCAGCCUGUGAGGUGCGGCCUGCCUUGUCAAGCUGGAGCACCUAGUGUUGACUUGGCAGAGCAACCCCCUCCUCUUGGCUGUCACUGCUAGGUUCUGUGAGAGAGCAAGGGAAUUAGGAAGGAAGCUUGGCCACCGGUGCUGAGGGAUCGUCUGCGGCUCCUAACAGAACUUGCCCAUUUGCUGUGGCCCUCUGUUUCCUGCAUCCUGACAGAACUCGGCCAGCAUGCGUGGUGAAACCGGCAUGCAUGUCGCUCCACAAUUCGAUGCACGACUCUUGUUUGUAGCUCACGUCUUCAUCACAUCGCACAUCCCAGAAUGGUCAGCAUCCACCGGAAACCUGAGGACUCCACUACCGUUCUGCAUGGAGAUGUAUCGAAGGGAAAGUUGGCGGGGUGGUAAAUAAAAUAUCUCAUUCUUUUCCCCUCGCCAAGAAAGGCCAAGUCAAAGGACAAGACAAACUGCUGCAAUAAUUAACCAGAACAUUGUGUUUGAACAUUUGCCCAAUAUAACAUUCCUCUUCUGCCUUUCCCGGUGGUUAAACAAAUGCAAAAAAUAAAAAUAAAUGGGAAUACAAUAAUGAAAGCAGUAAUAAACUGUUCAAAAAGGGAACUGCCAAGGGCUGGAAGAAAUUUUUACACAGUUCCCUUUGUUCUUCGCUUGAUUCUUGUCCUUCUCUAUCAAACCUUUCGGCCAUUUGUUAAUAUUUCUUGUCGCAUAUAAAACCUAUAUACUGCUGACACGUUUUUUUGCCUGCCACUCGUCAGAGAGUCACUAUCGUGGAUCCUUAACAGGGGGUUGAAAAAGAGGAGGGGGCAUUGCUUUCUAGGGGAUAUUUCCCACCAAACUCUGAGAAAGGGUAGCGCUGCCUGUCACGAAGGUACGGGAAGAACCGUGCUGUGAAGAAUGUGGAAGAGUGUGAUUAUGUGUCAGGGGAGAGUGUGAUUUGUGCACCCAUGGAGCCUUGUAGAAAUGUCAGCCAUAGGUUGGAAAAUCAGCUUUCUUAUUUAAGGUUUGAUCUAGCAAACCAAAAAGGAACCAGUGUGACUGGAGUUGGUGGUUCACCACAAUAGCAGGAGACAGCUUUCAUUUCACAACACUGAGUACAAAAUAUGUGCACAAACUCAUAAAUUAAGCCAGACUUUCUGAUUUGUCAUGGUUUACAGUCAGCAAGCAGCAUGUUGUCCUUCUCUAUCAAAAACACAGUUUGCUGUGCCACCAUUGCUCUCUCCCUCUUUGCUCCUCUCCAGCGCAAGGGGAACAAACAAGCCAGGAAACCUCGUUUUCCUAUUAUACCCAAACUAGGGAUUGCGAUGUGUUGCUCCCUAAUAAGCCAUCAUCAGCAAGCCAACAACAAAUCACCUGGCAAUCAUGUCUUGUUAAGGAGCUUGUGUUCCCAAUUCAGUCAUACUGUUAGAAACUGGGGAAUGCCCUCUGCUGACAAGGGCUUGGUGGUCAGCCUUCAAAUAUUGGCAUACGUUCAGUGUUUUUAAAUUGGGCACAGGGUUACUCCUUCAUUUAUCUCAGGAUGUGUACUUAAGCUGUUGGUCCAAGGUCCUUGCCCAAAAAAGCUGCUUCAAUUGGUUUGUCUUCAGACCUUCUCUUACAUAUGGGUUAUGACACUGCUCUAAAAUCAGUAAAACAAAGACUCUGGGAUUUUGCCUUCUGUGAUCUGUGGGCCCCCUCAUUCUCAUCCUGCUCACCAAGUGCUGUGAGUAUACAGUAUGUCAGGCCAUUUUACACAGUUGAAUAUUUAAAGAAUUUGCCAGUCACCAAUUAUGGUAGACUUUUUACUAAGGCCAGACUUAAUGUGUUUCCCUCUGAAAUGUUCCGAGGUAGAUUGCUGGUGUCCCUUAUUUCACAUGAUUAUGUCCUUGUACUAACCAGGAAGUAGAAUGCCUGAAGCACAUUCUCCUGUCCUGUAGAAUAUAUAAGCAGGUCCAACCACAUUUGAUUAAUCCACUAAUGGCAAAUCUACCCGGAAAACCUGCCAAUUCUAUGCCAAGUUCCUACUAGACAUUAAAAUUCCCAGUGUGACUUUGGCGAUUGUCAAAUAUCUUUCUGAGGUGGUCAGGAUCAGAGAUAAAUUUGCAUUAGACAAAAGUCUGAAAAAAGCAUAGUCUUCAUGAUUUGUCCAAGUAAUUUGGGUACUUUUUAAUGUAUUUUAUAUGCAC